AGCCAAGACGACGACCCGCAGAUAAGGAAUGGCACACAAUGGACUAGUCGGCGAGAUGGAACAAACCUGGCAAACGAGUUUUAUCCAUUCAAGUAAGGAGCAUCGUUUAUAUUUUCCAAACACUUUCAGAGUUUUUCGUCAAUCAUCAUGAAGUAUUCGCUUGUGCUUUGUAUCUUCUCCGUUUUCUUCGUCAACUACGUCCAUGGUGACUGUCCCGAGGACUGCACGAGUAAAUUCACGCAGGACAUGGCGACCUUAACUACUCCAGCACAGGCGUGUGUACUCGCAGAGACCUACUUAGCUUGUCUUGAGACAACUUGUAAACUGGAUGUGACCCCCUACCUGCCCGCCUUUCAGGAAACAAUGACACGCACUGGUGUUACUUGCCAUCUCACAAUCCCUGGUACCAGCUCACCGUAACACUCAGGCUCAGGCUCAGUUAUUUUCUUUUGGCAGUUUCUUUAGAGCACUUGGCGGUAGCUGUUUGAAUUUUAAUCAUGAGACCUUCUCCACCUUAUCUCUCUCUGCUGAGACCUAGAUUGUGACUGGAGUAAACAUAUGAUGACCUGUACACAAACUACUUAUCUACAAUAAAAUAAAUAUCUACAACUUUUA